AUGCCCGAAAAGCCUCUGACAAUCGCAACAUAUGCUGCCGGAGCAUCCCUCGCUGCCAUAACUCUGGUCUAUGUCUUUGGGCCAACCUUCUUCCUGGACGAUGAAUCCUCCAAUUCCCGCAAGAAAGGCGUCGUCGGCCUUAGGAACUCCGCGAAUGACUGCUUCAUAAACUCAACAUUGCAAGCGCUAGCAGGACUGGGGGACCUGAGGUUAUAUCUGAUACGGGAGACACAUCGGCGGAAGCUGGAUGGGCCAGACGUAUACCUAGUAGACCGGGAAAAGGUCUCGCAAGAGAAGGGCGCUGUAAAACCAUGGAAGCUGGAGGGGCUACAAAAAGGCAUUGUGACAUUUGCGCUCAAGGACAUAUUGGAUAGCCUCAAUGAAAGGCCCAUAUACAGGAAGACAAUAUCUCCAGGGCCCUUUAUAAGAGCCUUAGAGCUGGCCUUUCGAACGCGGAUCAGCCGGCAGCAGCAAGAUGCACAGGAAUUCCUCCAGAUUGUCACGGAGAGACUUUGCGAGGAAUACCAUGCUGGAAGAAAAGCGCGGCGGAACUCCCGGAGAAUAGAUGUCCCCCUAACGGACGCGCAGGCCGCGCUCGAGAAGCUCGAGAUAUCACAAAAUGUUGACUCUGCGGAGAUGGGGCUCGAUGAAGCACUGGGCGAAAAGGAAGGAGCCACAGCAGCACCGGAAGAGCAUGAAGAGGGAGAUAGCAGUGAAGAGGGAUUUCCUUUCGAAGGAAAGAUUGAUUCCCAAAUUGAGUGUCUAACUUGCGGCUUCAAGCCCAAACCCACAGUAUCGACGUUCGUCACGCUAACGUUGAACGUUCCUCAGAGGUCCUCAACAUCUCUUAACACUUGUUUUGACGGGAUGCUGAAGAUCGAGCACAUUGAUGACUUCAAAUGCGAGUAUUGCCGGCUAGAGCAUGCCCUCCGAAGCAAAGAUCAAGAACUAUCCCGUGCCAAAGACUCCGAAUCAAAAUCACGACUCGAGGCCGAGAUGGCCAAAAUUCGAACCGCUCUCCAAGAAGACCCAGAGAAGCCGCCCCCAGACGUCGAGCUCCCCGACGCCAAAUUAGCCCCCAAACGCCGAAUAGCCCGCCACAUGUAUAUAUCUUCCUUUCCGAAAAUCCUCGCCAUCCACUUAUCUCGCUCCAUGUUCUCCGCCUCUAACUACUCCACCAAAAAUAUGGCCAAGGUUGCUUUCCCGGAAACACUUCCCCUCGGCGGCAUCCUGGACCAGAAGAAAUAUAGACUACUCGGUGUUGUGACGCACAAAGGCAGCCACAAUAGCGGUCACUAUGAGUCCUUCCGUCGCCAGGUCACCGCAGCUCCCUAUUCAACGCCACACUCCUUUGGCGCAGAGGGUGCAUACAGC